AUGUCCACCAAUCACCAGAGGCACCACAGCACCAACGACACGUCAUCCCCUGCUCCUGGCGGCAAGUUCCGGCCUAGCCGUAGCAGCAGCAGCGGAAGUUUACCCGCAAAUGCCGCCGCAUCUGGCGGGCGCUUCAAUCACAUUGGCACCGCCAGCGAGAAUUCAUGGAUCAGAAAGGCCGUAAGCGGCGGCAACAGUGACGGCGGCGGCGGCGGUGGCGGCAGUGGCGGGGGUAGCGGCGGGUGGGGUCCUUCGAACAGGGGCAAGCAGGCAGCGACUGGCCGUGGGAGCGACGCGUGGGGAAACAACGACGCGAGGAGCAGCGGCGGCGGCAGCAGCAGCGGCGUUGGCGGCGGCGAUUGGAAGACGCGUGGCGACGCGAGGGGAAGCAACCGCGCAGAGGAGGGAUGGGGGGUGCGCGGGGGAAGCGGCGGAAGAGGGGGAGGCGGGGGAUGGGGGGGAGGCGGCGGGAGGGCGUCGAGAUGGGGGGAAGCAACUUCGUACAGUGGGCGGAGUGAUAAUGGCGGGGGAAGAGGGGCCAAUGCAGCUGGUUACAGUAACCCCACACCUGCUGGCAAAUUGGCGCCAGGUCAUUCCCUCAGACUCGCCAACACUUUCGCGGAUCUCGUCUGCAUGGUAACAGACGACAUUGCUUCGGAUGUUACUGCAGCUCUCGGGGAGGUUUGGGACCACGUGGUGGUUGUGCCGAGGCUGGAGGCUCGGCAGGGGGUUCGGCAGCGGCGGCAGGGUAAGGGUAGUGAUGAGGAGGGGCGACAGCAGCUGCUGGCGGACGAUGACGUGAGGCGAGCCGUGGAGGGGCUGUUCCAUACGAUGAGAGGCUGCACGCUCCUUCUCGCCCCAAGCCGCCGUCUAUUCGACGAUCUGCAGUGGUGCUCGCGGCACCACCCCAUCGGCCACUGGGAUGCCAUGGCCGGCCCUGAUGAGUAUUUCAACUCCUCUCCACACCUCCCUCCUUGUACUAUCUUCUCAUCCCCUCCCUCCCUCCCAGGCUGCACACUCCUUCUCGCCCCAAGCCGCCGUCUAUUCGACGAUCUGCAGUGGUGUGCGAGGCACCACCCCAUCGGCCACUGGGAUGCCAUGGCUGGGCCCGACGAAUACUUCAUCUCCAAAUUCUUCCUCGACCGAGGGGUGCCGUGGACGCAUGUUCACAUGCGUGAGGGCCUCUUCACAUGUGCAGCCAUGGUGGGCCCCGAUGAGUAUUUCAUCUCCAAGUUCUUUCUAGAUAGAGGCGUGCCGUGGUCGCUCAUGCACAUGCGGUUCGGAGCCAUAUCAUGGGUGGUGGAUGAGGCAUUAAAAGGCCAGGUGCCCCCCGUGUUCGGAGCCAUAUCAUGGGUGGUGGACGAGGCAUUGCAGGGCCAGGCCCCUCCCGUGUUCAUCCAUUACGUCAGUGAGAAGCCCUGGGUCGCCCCUGCUGGCCCCUCCACCGCCCCUGCUGGCCCCACUUCUACAGUGAAAACGUCUACACCUGCUGUGACUUCUACAGUGACUAAUUGGUCGGAUUUCUUAGUGUGGGACUCUAUAGCGGAGCAGGUGGUGGGGCUGCUGCAUGCAGCAGGGGAGGAGGAGGCAGGAGCUGCCAGCAGGCUGUUUGCGGGGUGGGACGCAAGGAGGAAGCUUCCUGUUGUGUUCCCAGAAAAGCAGGGUUGA